UGGUGGAAGAAGCUUUUUACUUUGCCUGCUGGUUAUUUGAUGAAGAAGGCUGUUGGUGGCAGUAUAUAUAUUAGAGUGAUUUCGGCUAGUAAACUUUCAAGGAGUUGCUUCAAGGGGGUGGGGGGGGAUCUAGGAGGCCUCAAAAUGGUACAACCAAUUUCUCGGUGGACUGUUUUGAUGACAAGGACCUACAAACAUUUGUCGAGGUAGAAGUUGGGGACUUAAUCAGGAGAACAGAUGUCAGACUUGGAUCAACCCCUCAAUGGAAUGCACCAUUUAAUAUGGUUUUACAUGUUGGAAACCUUCGUUUCAAUCUUUAUGAGCCUCAUCCCAACAAUAUCAAGUGUGACUACCUAGCAAGUUAUGAAAACAAGACUGGAAUAAUUUCCCCAAGUAAACUGAGGAUGAAGCUUAUAGGUCACAGAAAGAAGGAUGGAUCCAACAUUAACUCAUCCAGAACUUUUCCUUCCAGAAUUGAUAAUGCUGAAUUUGUCAACAGUUUACUACCCUCUAACAAUGGCAACCCUGACGAUGAAAGUCUGCAUUUCAUUUCUUUCUAUUUCUUGUGUGUAUAUGAUGAAUGGCAAUGACUUCAUUAAUUCCUUAAUUCCAGUUACAUUUCCCAGCUUAGAAGUUCCCUCGUUAAAGACUCAGUAUGAACCAAAGGGAAACGGUGACACCGGCCUUACCAAGAUACAGCAUCUUCAAAAGGCUGAUGGUGGAAGUUCAAGCACUAUUCACCCGGUGAGAACAAUAGAAGAGGAGAAUCUUGAUUAUGACAGUAAUGCUAGCUCAUCCAGCUUGAUUUUUAAUAGUCCCUCCUAGAAAAAUGCUCUUUAGGCCAGAUUUUGAGAUGGAUAAUUGAUUUAGAAUAUGUUUAAUUUAGUGGGUAUGUUUAAUUUAGUGUGAGAUGUAUAAAUAUUCAAAAUUAUGUUCAUUCUAAUGCUUUCGGUUCAUUAUAAAUAUAUUUUUUGUUGAAAGAU